UGUGUUGGAUUGAACGGAUCUUACAGUUAUUGCUAUGCCCUUGACCCAUUGUGUGGUGCCUAGUGUCGUGCGGGCCGCCCUCAGGUCGCAGCUGCAGGGAGAGCAUCUCAUCAAUGUGUGAUGCGGACUGCGGUCCACUUUCUCCCGUGGUUCUGGCGCAGGCCACGCGGCGGCGGCGGCGCUAGUGUCGCGGUCGCUCCGCGCAUGCGCCCGACACACCCUCCGCCGCUGUUUAUUUAUCCGCCGCCAGUCUCGGGCGCGCCGCGCGCCGCGCUCACAUCGUCAGCUCUCACACAUAACAUCUAGCUCGAUGUUCCACGCGAUAUGCUUCUGUGAUUGCAGUGCGCUGUUCAGAUAUGUGAUGUAAACACUCUGUAUAGGUGUCGUGUGUGCUGCCGUGCUAUACUCCUCUGUGGACAACUACCAUUGCAAGUGUGGGCAUGCAGCCGACAGUGCCGCCGUGGGCGUGGGUGACGUGGGAGCGGCGCAGCCGCGCGCGCGCGUCCCCGCCCGACUACCGCAGCCACGUGCGCCUGCUGCCGCGCGCGCACGACGACAACUUCCCCUUCUACGGCCUGCGCAAGGACAGCAGGCACUUCAUCAGGUCACACGUCUUGUACACUUACCAGAGCCGACUACUGGAUUCGCUGGGGAAGCUGCUAAACCGACCGUGGGCGGCGAGCAGUGCGCCCGUCACGUGGCGCAUCGACCACUACCACGACGGCGACGCCUGGCGGGGUGACCUCAAGAGCUACCGUCCAUAUGAGCCGGUGUCGAUAGUGCUGCCGGCGAGCGGGGGCGCGGUGGGGCAGGGCUGGGCGGCGGGCGCGCUGCUGCUGGCGCUGCUCGUCAUGCUAGUGCGCGCGGCUGAGAACUGUCUGCACAAGAAGCUCUUCAAGGCCAUCUAUUUGCACACCAACGUGGGCGCCGGCAUCCACCAGCAGGAGACCAUGCAGGGACAGUACAUAUACACCGCCAACGGAGUGAGAAGACAAGAGUCUGAUGAGUGGUCCACGCCGAAUGUAACAGCGACUAGUUUACAAAAUCAAGUGGUAUCACUGGGGUCGCUGUCUCACCUGACAGCCGCGACUAUAUUCGCAGAGUCGAACUUGGACCUCCCGCCGCCGUACUCGGCGUGCGCGGGCGAGGGCGCGGGCGGGGGCGCAGGCGGGGGCGCGGGGGGCGCGGGCGAGGAGUCCUACAAGCACGAGGAGCCGCCGCCGCCGUACUCGGCGUGCGUGGUGAGCUACUCGCGCGCGCCGCCCGGGGAGCCCGCCGUCAGGAUCCACCACCCGCGCCCGCGCGCGCGACACCAGCGCGCCAGCCAGCCGCGGACCAGCAUCGAUAUCGAUAACGCGCAAAACGAUUUCAUCGAGAGUGGACACCGAUCUGUCAUACUGGUGACAGAUUCUCUCGAUACAGGAGGCGAUUCAGCGACGAGGACCGAACUAGUAUUCGAUAAUGGAAGAAUCAUUGAACGGGUGUCUUCUGAUAACAAUACUGAUGAUGAGAGCAAUCAUGAGAGAGAUGUCGAUCACUCGGGCGAGGCCGGCAAGGACUACGUCGUGUACGUCAAUGAAGAGGUUUCCACAGGCGCCGCGCCCAGAACGUUGCUUGUGUAAACAGCAGGAGCAGGCACGGGGACAACACAGACUGUCAUUAUUUUUGUAUGAUACUAUGUAGUAUAAUGAAUACUCAUUAGAAACUAGGAUAGAAACAUUGACAGAAGAAAUUAAAUCUUAGUUGAAAUUAUCAGAAUUGCUCAAAGGAGUAAUAAUAGAGAUAUUUUUUGAUAUAGUACAGUCGCUUGUAAUUUUGUAUAGGAUCUCAAUAGUAGGGUCUAAGUUUAAUGUAUCGACUAUCGACUCUUUUAAAUUGUUUAGCUGUAUAUCGAUGUUAAUCAAAAUCCGUAUUCGAUAGCACACAUAAGUUACUUGUUAACCAAUUGUUAGUAAGUUAUCUUUAUUGAUAUAGCAUUUGAAAUAAUAUUUUUCUCAAAUACGACUUAGAAUAGAAGGCAUUGUAUAAAUGCAUCCAUCAACAAGUAGGUACUAGGUAGGUAGGUGUAUGUAACCUCUGUGUAGGUAUAGGUUCUUGUAUAAUACUGUAAUGACUUACCAAAGAUACCUGAACUUCAGUGUAGAUACACAGACCUGACGAACAAGGUAGACGGGGCUUCACGUUACCAGAAUGACAAGAUAACAUAAUUGGGUAUUUGAGUAAAAAAUAUAUACCUGUUAGACAGAUUUCCAAAAAAUAUUGGAUAGGAAAGAAUUUUUCUAUUAUCUCAUGAACGUAAUUAAUUAAAAAGUAAUUAAUUAAAUUUGUUAUUAAAUUAAGUAAUAAUUAAGUUAAAAACAUUGAUUUAAAAUCUCGUUUGACGUCACUUACAAGUAGUAAGUGACGUAUACCUUCCUACUGUCAACUAUGACCUACCUACUAUUAUACAUUUUAUCACCAUAUUUUCUUAACUGUCUAAUAAUGACAAAACGAAAAGUACUUAUUCAAUAUUUUUUGGAAACUUGAUUGAAGGACUAAACAGUUUUUUUGCCAAUUACCUAUAC